AUGGCUGCAGAAGACAUUUGCAAAGACUAUGCUUCUUCCUUGGGGGAUUUAACGUUCAAUUCAAAGCCUCUUAUCAAUGUGCUGACCAUGCUUGCUGAUGAAAAUAGGCAACACGCUGCAGAAAUUGUGAAGUUAAUUGAAAAACGAAUAUAUGAGGUAAAAAUUGCAUUUCUGAGUUAUCAGUAGUUUAGUACUCACAAAAGAGAAAUAAUUUUCAUCCACAAUAUUAGCCUGUAGCUUUCCCUGGAAAAAUUAUAUGGAAUGUUUGGGUAAAUUAUAUAAAUUACCUAACAAUGAGCCUUGCACCAUCUUGUCCAGUUUUCGGACAGUACCAGUAUUAAAAUUCGGACGAUUUUUUUAAGAAGAAUAGCAAACAAAUGAAAAAACAAAUAGGUUCAGGUGCAUGAUAUUUCAUGAAUCCUGUUCUGUAGUUUCGACGUUUUUUAUGUAGUUUUGUGCAAACAGGAAUACUUUGAGGGUCCAAGGUCAGUCAAAGGCAGAAAAGUAAAUGCAGCAAUGGGAUCUUCGUCUGUAAAAAAUUGCACCUUUACUGUCCGAAACCUGAGGUGAUGACUCAUCCCUAAUCGUUUUGUUGGAUUUAAAAGAAAACCUGAAAGUAGACGCACACUUUCAGAUUAAAGUAAACACCAAAUUUAUAUAGUACUGCGCUUACAAAAGUGCAAGCUGAAAACUGAUGUUGUGUACUUGUGGCAAACAUGGAUGAAAGAAAGCGCAUGGAGAACAGGGGGGUGCAAGGGAAGGGAGAGGGAAACAAGGCGACUGACAGAUCCAAUGUUCAAUAUGGCCGUCAAUGGUAGAGAAACAAGAUGGCUAUUGCAGGUUUAACUUGUGCCAGGCUGGCAGUGGCCAUACCUCAUGGUAUAUGGGAAACAAGUUUGGUAACACAGAAUGAAAUAUGUGAAAGACUAGUUACACCACAUUUUUUUAUAUAGUUCUAAACCAUCACAAAUUGGCCAUUAAUUUUAUAUAUACCGGUAAUCUAGUACUCUUUGAUAUCCUAUCAUAGCAUUAGGCUGAUGCGAUAUAUCAAUAUUUUUGAUAAACAUCAAUAUUUCAAAGGAAAGCUAAAUCCUGUUUCAUAUGUCGAAUUGAAUCCAGACAAAUACAAAUUGAAUUUGUCGAUUGGUUAAUUAAUUAAAAUAGUUUCGUAUUGAACAACAAAUUUAACUCAGACAAAUUAAUUUUAUGAUUAGCAGUCAUGGAUUACACAGAAAUAGAAACCAACAUUAACAUAAUUUAUGUAUUUAAUUAAUUUGACAUGACAAUGUGAUGUUGAAUAUGAAAAUGAUGAAACAAAGAUGCGCUACAGACAAAUUUAAUUUGAUUGAUAUUUGAUACAACACACUACCGUCACAUUUAAUUCAUUCAAUUAAAUUUUGUCUGAAUUAAAUUCAUUACAGUGCAAAAUAUGAAACAGGCCUAAAUAUGAUAAGGUGCUAAUCUAAAUAUUGUAAUUAUUAUUAUUAUCUGAAAAUGUGUUCCGUAUAUUUGAACAGGAAUAACAAAUAUAGGUAGGGAAUUUGACCUCAUCAGAAUGAGUUUAUGUUCAGUAUUUCGGCACUUUAGUUCAGGGGCCAGUUGUACGAAAGAUGGACAAGUUGCUAAAUUGCAGGUAAAUUGCUAUCCAGCAGAUAAAUUUUAUCCAAGGUAAAAUUUGUGUUGCACAAAGUUUGUAUGGUGUUAUCCAGCAGAUAAAAAUACAUUAUCUGUUGGAUAAAUUUAUCUGGUUAUCUACUAUCCAGCAGAUAAAUUCGAAGUUCCAAGACAAAACAGUGAAUAUUUCAGAUGAAAGAGAGUCAGAUUGCAAGGGAAAUGCUUUUUAACCCAUUGAGUGGCAGAACUCUCCCCUUGACUAGUGAAAUCAUCUGACAUUAGAGUAAAAUAAUAAAGUAGGGUGCAUCAGGGUGCUUUAUUUGCCACUUAAAGGGUUCAAUAUAAUAGACAUAAAAAAACUUAAAUUAAGUGUGAAUUUGUUGCUAGAAUAUCCCUUGUCAGGCUGUCUUCACAGAAUGUCUACUUCAAUAGACGUUCAGACUUCAUUCUGAUUUGACUGGCAUUUUCUCCAGCUCUUCUUACGUUUAGUUUGAAAGUAAAUUUCUCUCUUUUACAAAGUAUUCAUGCAUGGCCUUUCAAAUCCACCAUAUUGAAUUUGACUAUAUUAGUCUUUGCUGUCUAAUUUGCAGUUUGAUAUUUUGUGCUUUGACUUUUGUUUUGGCUUCCACAACAAUCUUGAAUGACGAUUUUUUUUAAUGACAAUUUCUGUAUAUAUCCUGUUCAGAACUAUUGUUUUCCAUAAAAACCUUCAUCACAACAUCACAACAUCACAUUUACAAAACGUUUUUCUUUUUGCAAACUUUGUUGAAAAAACAAUUCGCACUCCCCGCAAUGGUGCGAAAUUCCCUGUUGCAGGAGUCUAGGGCAUGUUAAAAUCAUAGAUAUGGUUAAAAUGCCCUUCGGAAUCCGCCAUUUUGUGGAGACAAAAUUUUGACUGAGAAAAUAUAGGAGUACGUAUUCUAUAUCUAUUAUUUCUAUGAGUACAAUACACGCUUCCGGAAACUACGUCACUUUGGCUGUAGAGCCUCGUUUUCAUGUAUGUCACAUUAGGUAAAGCUCAACGUCGCAAAUACACCUUUUCGAUAAUUACGUCAUUUGGCCUGGGAGCCUCGCUCUCAUGAAUCGUAAGCCAAUCACCUUGCGUAAUUUACUAAUGAGAGCGAGUCUUCCAAGACCAAAAAGUAUGUGUGACGUAAUUAUCGAAAGGGUGUAUUACGAAAACUAUAGCCAAGAUAACGUUCUUUCCAGAAGAAUGUGUAGACAACAAGAUAGCCGUUGUUAACACACUGGCUUUGAUUAACUAAUGAAACAUUGGGGAAAAUGUCCUUAUAGUUAUUAUGAAAAGCGUUCAAGGAACAAAUAUAAAAUGUACGUUCCAACACAAUGAUGUAUCGGGUCGAUUUCAGGUUUUACCGAAUCACAAAAUAGAAAAUAUACCAGAAGCCUCACUGUACACCUUUCCCUAACAUUUUCGUGUCCGCGAUUUUCGAUGUGCACGCUAGAUGACGUGUGUGACACUUGCUGCGAACAUCACGUCAGCGUCAAUCUGGUGUCAAUUCCUCAAAUCAGCGGUUUUUCUUGAAAUUCGCAAAACAUGCUCAAAGUGUACGCUGCAUAUUCUGCAAUUAUUUUGUAAAUAUUUUAUGCUUUUGUUUUUUAAGUCGUGUCUUCCUGUUGCGAUGACCCACUAUUUGGACCUGUGGUAUUUAAAAUCUUUAUCAAGUGAUGGCGUAUUGCUCGUUUUUGAUGUCGUCGUGAUUACACUUGCUGGCUCGCGCCUGCGCAUGAAAAAUCUCGAACAUAAUUUUGGAUAAGUGGGUCUUCUGGUUUAUUUUCUAUUCUGUGACCGAAUGUCAAUGACGAAUGUCGUCAGAUGACGUUGACAGCGUAUUUUUCAAAUAUCAAUUAAAGCUGAAUCGGCCCGAUUAAUCGUUGUGUGUAAACGAACUACCUUAACUAAAAUCAGAUAAUACAACUCUCAACACAGUCGCUGCUGUUCGUGAAAUGUUGAAAGCCUUUGUCGUCAAAAACACCACACUAUACUGUAGUCUACUGUAUAAUGAAAAUGUUAUAAUAGAACAAUCCAUAGCAACGAUUGUAAAAGUACAACGCGUAACUAAUUUUAUAUAGCAAGUGAAUUUGAAGAUUUGUGCGAUUCGCAUGUUGAAACACCUAGCAACAGCUGACGUAUGUAGAGGUAAAAAAAUUCUCCGGUCAAAUUUAAGCUUAUCUUCCGGAUAGCUAUACACCCUGCUAUCCGUGCUUCGUACAACGCACUUUUGUCCAAUGAAUAACCAUCCAAGGGAUAGAGGAUUUAUCCAUCAAAUACGACAACCGGCCCCAGUAGUAGUUUAUCGGUUUUAACGUGCAGAUAGGCUUAAUAAAUAUAAAUUAGUUGACACUAAUGCAAUACUUUUGAAAAAAAUGGCCAAGCCCGACAGGGGUGUGUGUACCCAGUGAACUGUGUCUGCCUCCUCCGCAGGCCCUCGUUGCGUCAUGGGAAGGUCUGCGGAGGAGGCAGUCAUUGUGUGUACCUCUGCCCUAGAAAGACUCGAUAUAUACCGGAUAUACCUGUAUUUUUAAAAUAUCAGUAUGGCAAUACGAAUAAUUAAAAUGCUGGAAAACUGACAUGUCGGUAUUUUGCUCUCCAAACCAGGUUGAAACGCUAUUUCUAGUAAAAAUUUGCCAUGGCAAAAUAAUUUAAUAAAUUUUAACAUCUCUAAUGACGAUAAGCCACAGUUAGCAUGCACUCAUGAAUCAUGUUACAGGGGUGAGUCGAAACUCAAGACAGACAAGAGAAAAUUGGAGAAUCAUUCACAUCUGACACUUCCUGUUUAGGGAAUACCUGUAUAUAGUUUCCCCUUUAAAAUUAAGCUCUUUACGUUAAAGUGACCAACUUCUUUAUUUAAAUAUGUCUAAUAUCAGAUGAUUUUACCUUUCAAUGGGAAAGUGAAAAAAAAAGUCGCUUGUUCAAACUCUCUAAUGCGUUAACCAGACUGCCCAUGUACUUUGUGAAGCCAUGGCCUCUGUUAUUUCACUCUCUGACUUUCGAAGUAUAUACACAAAUGAUGUAGUAAUGUCAUCAUCGUCAUAUAGUAUGUUAAUGGUAGAUUCAGGAAGGCUUGGUGACGUGCUGUUACCAGGCUUGCAUUUUCUUAUAAACAACCACAGGAAAAGAUAUUUUCAGGUCCUGUUGAAUGCUAUAGUUCAUUGUAAAUAAUUAGAUUGUGUUCUCGUUAAACCUACUUUUAUAUAGUUAUAUAAAGAUAUUUUGCACACGUCCCCUGUGGAAAUCAGCUUAAGAUGACGGGGUCAACGUGUUUAAAUAAAGUUUUUCCAUCUAUCAUGAACCUAAACUUCUCUAUCUAUGUACACUAGUAAUACUUAGCGUAAUCAUUUCCGAUAUUAAUGCUUUGCACAAGGCUACCGUUUUUUGCAACAGAAGGCAAGUUCUAAGGUGGAACGGCUAGUUCUUAAUGAGGGAGAAAAACAGGGUUUUACAGUACACUUAUUGUAACGUGUGCAUUGACUUGUACCCACUCGUUAAAACUCUGAGUCAAAUCGUGAUCGUUAAUUCAUGUUUAAUUUCAUUUCAGGUUGCCAUUGAACAGAAACUUCCUUCACUGUACUUAAUGGAUUCAAUUGUAAAGAACAUUGGUGAAGACUAUAUAACCGCUGUAUCUCCAUGUAUCGUUGCUUUAUUUACCCACGUGUUUGAGCAGGUAUACAAUAUAUAGAGGAGAUUAGACGGUUGCGAAGAGAUAUGGAUUUUAUGUUCGAGUGGCAAAAUUGUUUUUGACACGAGAACAUAAAUCCAUAUCUUCUCGCAACCGUUUAAUGUUCUGUAUAUCAUAUGGACUUACUCAGAGUGACAAAAAUACACACAAAGACGACAUGUAAAUAAGCAUGCGAAAGACCAGUAUAAAAGCGAUAUUUUUUAAAAUUAUAGUGAAAACAUAAAACUAGAAUAAAUUUUACGUAUCUCAAGAUGUCUUUUAAAUGUUUUCGUUUUAUUUCCAACGUUAAUUUCGUUUUAAAUACGAACCAAAGACCAUUUGUAUUUUCAAAACAACAACAAUCAUGAAAAUGGCGGGAAAUUUUCCAACUUCGUAUGUCACUAGCAGGGAUGAAAUACGGAAAAUACGCGCACCUGGUCCCGGAUGUAGUGACGUAUAUGAGUUCUACGAGUGUUUUAGUUUCCAGUAAAACAUGACCAUUGUCCAUAUAAUAAGAUUUUUUAUUUCUGUUUUCAUUGUCGUAACAUUUAUGCAUUCGAAACCUGCGUGUCUAAAAAUAAUUAAAAUGUAUACAAGGAUUAUUCAAACCUUGCUGAGAAAGCCUAAGAGAGAUUGAAAACACUUCCACGUUGCUGAAGUGUAUUGAAGGGUUUAAUAUUUACAGAGCAAUAUGCCAAUAAUAUUAUUUACAGGGCAAUAUCUGCAAUAUUUUUUCAGGGAAAUGAUAUAUUUUUAAGUAGACUGUGCAGGGUUUGCAGGAAUUUUGCCAUGUCGAAUCUGAUAACUACAUCUAACAAGCUAGAAGUAGACCAGAUACUUCAGUUUAUUAUGUACUUCAGUAGGAUAAACAUGUCGAAACAAAUUAUAUUAACAAAGCACAUGCAUUAGCUGAACGGACUUAACCACCACUUCUGCUUGACUCGCUAUUCCCAUGUUUGUGUAAUAACUAAUUAACGUAAAUACGUAAUACGUAAUGUAUUUUUAUAGGCAGAUGAAAAGAUUCGUAUGUCUAUGUUCAAACUACGGAACACAUGGCCACCAUACUUCUCAAUCAAGUUACUUCAUGAAUUAGAUUGCAGUGUACAUAAACGUGAUCCUGGGUGGCCUGUCGUUGAACCUCCUCCUCCCAGUCCAUCUAUUCACAUUAAUCCCAAGUUUCUGUCAAAG